GGCGCAAGAAGUAAUUACAACGGAUUAACUAAUCCUGGAUGCGCUAAGACUUCCUCGUAAUUGUCAGUUAAGCGCUGAUAGUGUGGAGAGUAUUGUGUUAGGUAGAUAGUCAACAUAAAAUAAGAUUGCUGUUCAAGUCGGACAGCAUGGUAGCAGGCGAAAACGGUUAGUAACAUUGCUUACUGUAUAAGCAGUUGAGUUGUUUAUUUUUGUGCGGUAAUGAAGUGAUGCGGAAGCUGCUACCGAUUUUGUUGUGAUUUUCUUCUCUAAUAUCUUUUGAGAUUUUGAACAGACAAGGACUCAGGCCAACAAUAAUGACGAAUGGUUUCCAAUCCGUCCAGUUUCAUCUUCCGAUAGAGAUCGUUAUUCAUAUCAUGAAGUACCUGCCACUUGCUGACAGAAUAUGUGCUAGUCAGGUGUGUCGUUUGUGGUAUGAAGCUGCACAAGAAUUCGGUCUUCACAAGAAUGAAGUUGUUGUCUUGCAUGGUGACUUAACGCGCCCGCUGGAAGUACUGGAAAGCAGCAGUGGAUCGUUCAUGCAUUUUGUUUUUAAAGAAGUUGAACUUGGAAAUAAGUUAAAGGGGUUUUGGGAUAAAUUUUGCCCACAAAUGAGAUCCCUAGCAUUGCAUAAUUGUGAUGUUUCUGAAAAAAUGUUUGUUGAUAUACUACUGAAAUGUGUUAAGCUCGAAAGCCUAAGCAUUAACGGUUGCAGAGAGCUGUUAAUGUCUGGGCGAGUGCUAGAAGUUGACACAGACAUUAGUAGGCUCAUUAAAACAUUAAAGAAGCUUCGCAGGCUAUGCCUUGCAUUUAACAGAUACUUGUCUGAUGCAUUGUUCAAUAGGUUUGUAGCUGUAGCUUCAAAUUUGGAAGAUUUGUCGUUGAAGGGUUGCUAUAUAUCUUUUAACAGGGGGCUGUAUAAGAAAUUUUAUCCUGAUUUUAUGAUGAAGUCAGGCAACUGUGUUGCAUCAGAGAGUGUCCUUACAUUUCAUAAUAUUCUGACUUAUGUCACAAAGCAAGCAAAAAUGUUACAGAAACUACGGUUUGGUUGUACACUAAUUGAUAAUGCAGCUCUGAUGCAAUUGGCAACUGUGCCUCUUCUUUCUUUGACUACUCUUCACUUACAGUCGUGUGAUCAGCUAACUGAUGCAGGUAUUGUAAGUCUCGCAGAACAUCAGAAUCAUCUGUUAGAAUUAGAUCUGAGUGCUUGUUCGCGUGUUGGAGAUGUAGCAGUAAAUUCAAUCUCUGAUAAACUUGUUCAUUUAGAAAGCUUAAAUUUAAGAAACUGUAGAUCAUUGACUGACUCCGGUGUUAGUACUUUAAAUAAACUUAAGAAAUUAAGGAAUCUCAAUCUGUCGCAUUGUGAGCAAGUUACUGGUAAAGGCAUUGAAACUGCACUCUGUUGUAGCAUAAAUCCACGAUUCCGAAGACUGUAUUUGACAGCACUUGCUGUUGAUGAACGCACUGUUUGUAAAUUAGCUGAACAUCUUCCAGGACUCACACAUCUUGACCUGGGGUGGUGUUUUAAUGGUGUUACUGACAAGUCAUUACAGAUGAUUUGUAAAUAUCAGGUUCGCCUUCAGUUUUUGAAACUUGCUGCUUGUAAUAAGAUAACAGAUGCUGGACUUACUGGUAUGGGGCUUACAGCUGAGCAAGAUGGUACAACUGUUACGUCUGAUGACAAUUCUGAGGCAAUGCAGUAUCAAGAUAUAAUUGGAAGUGAACAAGUGAUUAAUGGUGAAAAUGGGCAUUAUGGUGAAAACGUUGAUCCAGGAUUUAAUAUAUCACUGAGAACUAAAGCCGAGCAAGAAAUCAUUAAUGACGCCAAAAGAAAAAAAAUUGUAUCACAGCUGUGUGAAGAAAAUCUUACUAGUACGGAUUCUAGUGGACAUUCCCUCAUCCAUUUAAAAGGGCUUCAAAGGCUUGAUCUAAGUGGUUGCAAUCGAAUCACAGAUGUCAGCCUGAAAUAUGCCUUUCGUUUCAAGGAGUUGAGGUAUUUGGAUCUCAGUCAGUGUCAGCAGAUAACGCAUGUUGGUUUGUCCUACUUAGCUGUCCAUAACCCCAGCAUUGAAACAUUGAUUCUGAGCCAUUGUUAUAAUAUUGCUGAUAGUGGUGUCCUCAGUUUUAUUAAAUGCCUAUGCAGACUUAAGCAUCUGGAAUUAAAGGGCUGCACCCAACUAACAGACAUCACUCUAGAAGGCAUUGGGAAGCACUGUGACAUCCUGAAAUACCUAGAUGUCAGUCUUUGUAGUACUAUGACCACUGAAGCAGCAGAGGCCACAGAGCUGGCAUUACCAUCCUUGUACACUGUUCAUAAGUUGGGAUUAAUAUCAAAGAAUAAUUCACAGCCUAACACUGAGAAAUUUAGUUGCCCUUCACCGCCUCCACCCCCGAGAAGAUUUAAGUGUUCGUUAAUGUGCUGAAUAAUGGAUGGUACCUUCAUCAUGCAGCAUAAUCUGAGAAGAGUUUUCAGUGGCAGUAGUGCAAAUUAAUUAAUAAUGUUCUUGUUACUGUUGAAGUUGAUUGUUAAUUUUUUUCUCUCGCCAUACCAAGAUGACACAUCAUAUUGUGUGUUUUAAAUGCUGUUAUAUUUUAAAAAUUGUUUGAGUGUAGUAGUCUUAAAUGUUACAGAGUUAAAUGAUAUUCAGUUUUCUUCACUCAGAUUCUUGUUCGUCUGUUGAUUAAAAUGCUGGGUAUUGUCUGAAUGCCAAUCAAUAAAAUCGUGCAGAACAAGUGUUGGUUGAAUCUUUUUUAAUUGUUGUUUUCAUGGUCAUUAAAAUGAAAA